AUGUCUCAAGACCCCGUUCAAUUCUCCCUUCCUCUCUCCAUUAACGAGCAAACCUAUGAGGAUUAUCUCAACAAAGUUGGUACUAGCUUGGAAGAUAUUUCUCUCAUCUCAUCAUCACUGUCCGAAAUUAACAAACAAAUCGAUCAUCUAUUUAAUACAACAAUUUCAAACCAUUCGGAAUCUUUUUCUUCCAAUAUUACAUCAUCCGAGAAAUUAUUACAACUCUUCAAAUACGAUGUGCCAAAGAAAACACCAGGAAUAUUUACCUGUAGCCGAGCGAAGGAUGAAAAACAAUUUGAUUUAUUGCAGAGUGCUUUUGGGUUUGGAGAUGUCAAUACUAAUGAUGAGCGUGUGAUUACUCUUGCGAAAAUUAUUCAUCUAUUGUACGAGAUUGUGAAUGCCUUACAGAAGGAAAUUCAAUGUGAAUGGUUAGGAAUUUACAAAAAUAUCAAUUCAUGUCUGUACAAGCUGAGUUACUAUGGAAAGUUCAGUAGAGCAGAUUUUCCAAUCGAUGAAGCACAUGCCAAGUUAUCGACGAAUUCUUUUGUUGCAUUGAAUGGAGUUGUAGUGACUUGGGAUGAUGUCAAUUCAGCCUCUGAUUCUGGUCAGCCUUAUUACAGUUGUGAUGCAAUGGUCCAAUCGGAGUGUUGUUUGCCAAUUUUUGAUGAAACUAAUACUCGGGUAAUUGGUAUUAUUGAUGCAGAAGCGCAUUCAAACAAGUUCUUUUCAUUGGAGAGAAAAUUUAAAUUAUUGAGGGCGUGCUUUCUUUUGAGGUUUGUGUUUGCCAUGAUCCACUGA